AUGGGUUCUAGUUGUUUAUAUUUGAAUAUAAAACAGGCUGAAACUGAGGCAAAACAGAAAGUGAUAGCUGCCAAGGGUGACCCAAACAAUGUUGAAUGGGUUCUUGCUCUGACCAACCUGCAGUUUGGCAAAUAUGCUCAAUGUUUUCCUGACAUGUGCAAGGCUGUAAAGUUUCGACAAGAACAAAACACUGCUAAGAGCAAGCCAACAACCAGCAGUGCUAGCAUUAAUGUUGGGGACGAGGAAGGCCAGACUCUUGUUGGGAUGAGCACAAUUCUUAAAAUGGACUCUACCAAAAAGGUGGUUAAAAAGCUAGCUGGAAAGGCUGUCAACACAGCAUCAUGGUGUACCAAUGUUGGGAAUGAGUAUGGACAGGUGGUCAUGUCUGUGCUGACUGAUGCCGAAGGCGAUUGUCUGGAUGACAUGGCUCAAGGCUUGGUGUCACGAUAUGAGCGGUCUCAUGUCGAGCCCCCAAAGGUUCUAUAUGUUGACCGUGAUUGUUGUGGCAUCAGGUUAGCACAACAAUUUUCAGGUUGGCCCAACUUGACAACCAAACUGGAUAUUUGGCACUACAUGCGUCGGUUUGCCAUGGCCUGUUGUUCCGAAUCGCAUGCCUUGUAUGGUACCUUCAUGGCCCAGCUGUCCGGAUGUAUAUUCGAGUGGGACCCAGUGGAUGUGGAACGAUUGGUUGGAGCCAAACAACAGCAGCUCAUUGAGGGUGGGGUCUAUCGCCCAUCAUCUGAGGAUGACAUUGCCAAGCAUGUCACCAAGAAAGAGUUGGCAACCCAUUGUAAACGUCGGACCCGAGGUUCCGAGGCAACUGCUGAACUAAUUCAGCGGCUGAUAACAACAUUCUCCUCAGACCUUGGGAAUGACACAAUGGGAAUCCCACUCCUUGACAAUGAUCGUGCUUGGCGUAUUUGGGAGGAGCAGCAGAAACACCUCGAUUGUAUCCAAGACCCUGCUGGUGUCCAGCUUUAUACCCAGACGGGCACACUUAAAAAGGGCGGCGUUGAACUGCCAGUGUACAGGUGUGGACGAGGGUCAACAUCCCUGGAAUCCUUCCACAACCACAUUGUUAGAUUUAUUCCAGGCACCACUGCCAGUGACAUGCAUUAUCAAGCAUAUAUGCUGGAAGGCAUUGCUCGCUGGAACAGCGAUAGAGGGCGAGCCAUGGUGGAUGGACAGUCCUACAAGACAGCUGGACAUUACAACACUGCUCUAUCCCAUGAAGUUAACCGUCUCAAUAAUAUGGUCUACGGGAAAGCAUUCGAUGGAGAUUACAGAGAUCCUUGUAAAUACACUGGCAAGAAGUUUGGUGUGGAAUAUUUAUAUUCUCAAACUGGAAAGAAAUGGUUGUCCCUGGAAACUGAUGACCCAGAUAAACCGGACCAAUUUGAAGAUAACGAGUCUGAUGAUGGUCUGGAUGAAGGGUUUGAGGAAGACGAAUUUGACCUCACAGUACCACCACUUCCCAGAACCACCAUACCAGAAACACCAUCUGAGCAGCCAACGACAAGCACUAUCCCCGAUGAAGGCUCACCGACCAACCCAACAUUAAUGGAUGAGCCACUGGACCAUGAAAAAUCUGAUGAAGCUGAUGAUGCUGUUGGCCCAGGUGGAAUUCAAGGUUGGGCAGCAAUCAAAAACUUGGCUUCCUCCUUGUUCCACCUUAAGGACAACUCUGUUUUGACUGCAGCUGAAGCCAACAACAUCAGCUUGUGGGAGAAACUACCGGAAGGUCUGAGAACAUCAAAAGUGACAUACCCACCCCGGUACAGACCAGAUGCAACCCAAACAGGUCGAUUCAAACAAGCAAAGCCACCCUCCCCAUACACCCAGACAGUCACACCUGGACUUGUGAGUCUAAGAAGAGCAAUGGUUGGAGGAGACUCGGGGCCAGCAACAGCUGUAGAUGCCAGUCCAAUUGUGGAACAACUUGUUUCACAGCUGGAAAAACACUUUGUCUCGCCCAUCAAGAUUGAGGGAAGAUCGGUUUCAAGGUGGAGACGUAUACUGACCAGCUACCAUAACAUCAGAGAGCUGGUCACAAUGCAUGAUCUCAUCAUGACAAAAACAAGUAUACAGUUGUACGAACUCAACAAAACAACACUGAUGAAAUGGUUUAAUGAUCAUCAAAGAAAUGUUGAGUGCAGGAUUCUAACCCAAGGUCUUCCAGAACCACCACCACGAACCGCCCCAAAGCCCAAUCUCCUACCAGCCAAGCAACUCCUACCAAAACCACAACCAACUCCACCACCUCCCCGGGACUAUAGUGUGAUUAAUCUGUUGGAUGCUGUCCUGGAUUGGGCCUUAUAA